CCGCGGGCUCUGAGCGGGUGAGGCGCGCGGAAACACCGGCUACGGGAUUCGGAUGGGGGCGGGUGGGGGACGCCGCAGCUGGGGCCAUUUGAGGGGAGCCCAUGGGGCCUGAAGGGCAUCUGUCAGGCGCCCCUGCCCGGAUGGCAACAGUAGUUCUAGGGGGAGACACCAUGGGCCCUGAGCGUAUCUUCCCCAAUCAGACUGAGGAACUGGGACCACAUCAGGGCCCUUCAGAAGGCACUGGGGAUUGGAGCAGUGAGGAGCCUGAGGAAGAGCAGGAGGAAACGGGGUCGGGCCCAGCUGGCUACUCCUACCAGCCCCUGAACCAAGAUCCUGAACAAGAGGAGGUGGAACUGGCACCAGUGGGGGAUGGAGAUGUAGUUGCUGACAUCCAGGAUCGAAUCCAGGCCCUGGGGCUUCAUUUGCCAGACCCACCAUUAGAGAGUGAAGAUGAAGAUGAGGAGGGAGCUACAGCGUUGAACAACCACAGCUCUAUUCCCAUGGACCCAGAACAUGUAGAGCUGGUGAAAAGGACGAUGGCUGGAGUAAGCCUGCCUGCGCCAGGGGUUCCUGCCUGGGCUCGGGAGAUAUCGGAUGCCCAGUGGGAAGAUGUGGUACAGAAAGCCCUCCAAGCCCGGCAGGCAUCCCCUGCUUGGAAGUGACCACAGUGAGAGCUGCCUUAUCUUCCUACAUUCCAGGCCAGAACCAGCACAGGACUGAACACAUCCCUGGUUGUAACAUCCAUUUCCAUCUUCCCCAUCUCCCUUUCCACAUCAAGGCACAUCAGACUUCUCAGAGACCCACUUUAUUCAGUUCUGUACAUAUGGGGACAUCGGCCCAAGCCCAACCCACCUUAGCAUGUAUCACUCUGUGGAGAAUAAAGCACCCUAUGUACACAG